AGCCGCGGUGGGCGUUUCUCGCGGGCGUAGCAGUCUUUUUUUUUGUUCAGCAGUGUUUUCGUGUUUUCUGGGUCUCACCCACUUCCUUAUCAGCUUCGAGCGCUCCGUGAAUCUAGCUGUACCGCUCCGGUUUGAGCAUCCAGUGUUCCCGACACAAACUCGUCUUCUUCUGAUUUCCUAACGUCCACGUUUAAAAGUCAAAAGAUGGUGACCUCACCCUUUAAAAGCAAUUUUAAAAUUACUUACCUUGGCCUAAGGCGCUGAUUACUUCUUCAUCUCAGAAUGCCUGCUGGUCAUUGUGGGUUAUAUUCUCUAGUACUCGAAGCAUUCUACUAACUAUUUACUGAGUUCGCCUUAAAUGUAGACUUCCCACACUAGAUGUUUGUGCCGCGGGUGGAGUCCAAACAGGCUGCUGUUGCGGCGUUUUUAACUUUUUAAGUAGCCGAUACAGGUCUUCCACCGAUAACCGUUCCAUCGUCAAAAGAGAAAAGUAAUACGGUAGCAAUGCCGUUUCCUGGGGCGUGUGCGCCGGUGUUACUGCUGGUCUGUUCCAUUUCGCUCUGGCGGAUGACGUCCUGCGGCCCACCGCCGAAGAAACUUGGCGGGACAGCUGGUGGUGGAGCUGAUGAUCCCUCCUGGUCACCGCUGACCGUUGCGCACUGCAGGGCCACAUGCUUGAAAGAGUUUUCUGAGGAUUUCCAUCGGGAUGCGUCAUGCAUGCAACACCCGGAUUGCUUUGCGUGCUGGCAGAACUGUGAGAUGUUGCACGCCAAUUGGUCGAUCUGGAGCAGCAUGUGUUCUGAGAAGACGUCAUGCUUCCCGGGCUGCCGGGCAGCGUGCCGCUUCUUCGCGGAGUUUCGGGCGUCUCCGCAGCAGCAGCGCCAGCUGCAGCCGGUGCGCGAGACGAGCGCGGCCGACCUGCUGGUGGUGCUGGGCGUCGAGCUGCGCUGGCCGCGGCCGCCGCGCGCAGGCGCAGGAGCAGGGGCGGGCGCCGACGCCGACGCCGGCAGGCUCGUCUACGUCGUCAUGUGGCGCCCCAACGACACCGCUCGCUGGGCACAGGUCACCCAGACGCUGGAGCGCAGGGCGCGGCUGCCCGCGACCCCGGGCGCCUCCCAGCCGCGGCAGGUGGCGGCGGGCUCUGCGCGGGUGCUGGUGGUGGACCCGGGCGGCCUCCGCACCGUCUACACGCCCGCGGGCGCCCGACAACCAUCAGCUGACGCCGACGCCGCCGCAGCGGCCGCCGCCGUGGCCGCCACGCUGAGCGGCGGCGCAGCCGCGCUGGGGUCCGGACUCGUGGCCGCGCCCGCCGGCUGGGUGCUGCCGGAGGAGAAGGGCGGAGUGUGGUCGGUGCGGGUGCAGUCGCUGAUCCACCAGGGGGUGCUGGUGAUCGCGGAGCUGUCGUGGCGGGUGCCGCCCAAGGAGGCGGAGCGGCAGCGGCGCGCCGGUCACCAGUACCUGGUCACCUGGGAGGUGGACGGCGGCGGCAUCACCGGCAACCUCUACACCGACUCAACCUGCGUCACGCUCUCCCUCUGGCCCGACACUGUCUUCCACAUACAGGUGGAGCUGGUUUCACGCUCCGAGUCGGUGAGUCGCAGCCGGCCGCUGGUGGUGGACACCGGCAGGCUGGGGGUUGAGGGGCUGUCAGCUGGAGGCGGAGUAGGCGGAAUUGGGGCCGGAGGCGGCGUCUGGCUACAGGGCGUGGCCGGCCCGAUCGUGGGGGCGGCACUGAAGGCGGUGGUGGCGCUGUUCGCCCUCUUCUUCUGCUACCGCGGCUCCUUCCUGCGCCGCCACCACCAGGAGCCGGAGAAGGCAGCGCUCAUCGUGGACUUCGAGGACGAGCCUUGCAAGAAGGAUUCCCCAUUGAAUCCAGUGUGGACGGGUGUCGAAAAGGAAGCAACUCCUCUCGAAGAAAAGUGCAACAACAUCCAUGUAUGAAGGGACCUAUCUGUUCCUUAUUACUGCCAGUGUCAAAAUAGGUUUCUGCAAGGCUACCCUAAUAAGUCUACAAAACCUUUUUGUGAAAUUCUAGUCAAGUUUUCUCAAGUGCUUCAUUAAGAAGAUGUUGCAAUUGUAUAAAAACUUACUAAGGUCCUUCAGUAUUGAUUAGGUCCUGUAACACCUCAUAAGCUUGAAAUUCAUGCAUAGCUUAGUGCUUACAAAGACUGUUCACAAAGGCAAGAAUGUGUGCCACUAAAUUAGCUUGUUUUCAAAUGUGGCAUUUGGUUCCAUCGGAUUGUUGAGGUCCUUCAGUUACGUUAAAGCAGAGCUUAGAAGUAAUGUACCCAUCAUAAUCCAUAUUUAUGUGCUACUGUGCUUCAUUUGUUAUUGUGACCUAAAUGAGAGAAACAACGCCUGUAGGUAGUAGGGUUCAGUAAAUGCUGAAAGUAAUGGUCAGUGUUCACCAGAUGAAAAUAUUAAUUUGACACCCAUUUUUGGAAAUGUGUGUUCUUUACUUAACGGUAUUUCUCAAUAGUAAAAUUUUCUGAUUAUUAUACCCACUAUCUACAUCAUAUUUAAAAGCCUGGUAUUUUAAAAUAUUAAUAGUACUGAACUUAAAACAUGACUGUAUUUCUUGUAUUUUCAACCAAUUAUUACAUUCACUUUCAUUUUUUCUAAUGAUGUUUGCACACAAUUUAAAUGAUUAAAUAUUUUUCUCAUAAAUUUGAACACUAGCACAAAUACUUAAAAAUAAAUUUCCAGUUAUAUAUCUUUCGUAGUACGUAAUAUUUUGUUCGUUAUGUUUAAGUCUACAUACAUUACAAAUGUUCCUAACAUGAUACAAUAACUACAACUAUACAAGUACUAAUUAAAUUGUUUCAGUGGUUGUGCAUAAACAUAAUAAGUAGAUUAAGUAGUAAUUGAGAUAAAUUAUUUAUUAAUAUGGCCAAUAUUCAUUCUUCAACAGCAUUGAUCCAGGUACAUAUGUAAACAUUAUAUGUUUCAUAAACUUCCAUAAAUUUGUGUAGAACAUCUAUUUCUCAUGAAGAUGUCAUAUACUAUGCUUUUGACAGCCUAAUCUAUCCUCUGUGUUAUUUUUGUAUGGUAUAUUUACCUUGUAUCUCCUUACUUUUCCAUAAACUGUGCAAUCAAAAUAUA